AUCUUUCUUUUCUACCGCGAACAGUGAGCACUCCCAAGCCAUCUCAAAUUGUCUCAACAAUUCCCGAAAGACAUGAACUCAAAUGAUUUCGCAUCCUUGGCUGCUGUUCAGCUCCCUCUGUCUUCCCGGUUACUAGCUUCAGCAUGCUGUCCAGACAAAGAUUUACUUGUUCUUGUCACUCGUCUGGGAGGCCAUGAUAGGAUGAGUUUAUGGAAGAUGCAGGGCUCAAAGACUUGGGAGAUCGAUGUCAGUACCAGCAGUGAGCGCAUCGUCGGAGUUGCAUGGAGCCCGGAUGGACAGAGUAUCGCGGUUGCGCAUAAUCCUCCAUCGAUUACAUUGCACUCUAUUCAAGAUGGCCGUUCAGAACGCGUUAUACAUAUCCCCACCUCCGAUGUACCGAUCCCGCAGCUUACCAACAUCUGGUGGUUUCAUCAAGAAAAGCCUGAAAAAUCUCCAAUACCGGACAUAUUCAGGAGAAAUAACAUCAUUACGGGUAGUGCCCACUCCGUCCUUCGAACACUCCCUCUGUUGGAUCAGUUACGGGAUGAGUCCAAGCAAUUAACCGCCACUGACCUCUUUGCCUUUCAAGGCUCACAAACAACAGCUCGUCGAGUAGCAUCCGUCCCAGAUGUUAUAGAAUUAUGGCCUACGCUACAUCCGGACCCUGUAUCCGCGUCUAUAAACGUGCCGGAUACUAACAGGACAGCAGAAAAUGGGAUUAUGGAUGAGGUCGACGAUGCGAAUUUGGAUAGUAUACUCGCCGUCGCCGAUCGUUCUGGUCGAUUAUUAUGUUUCCUGGACGGGACAUAUCCCUUAGGCUCCCUCAAACUGGGCGAUUCAAAUACUACAAUUGCAUCGUUGUUCAAAAAUCCUAAAAGUCCCGUUCUUUUGGCGCAUCCAAUCCACGACGGUGUCUUUACGGACCUGUUGCCAACUCACGUAUCCCUGUCCCUUUUACAAGAACGUAAGGUCCGGGACUUUGCAAAGUUAUCCACCACCGCUAGGGAAUUGUGCUGGUAUGCCUUGCGGGUCGUUGAAGAAAUGCGCGCAGCUUGGAUCGGCUCAGAUACGAACAGUGGUGCUCGGGAUUUGGGCCCAAAGUGGAUUGCAGCUUACGAAACCAAGCAGCAAGAUGAUUACCAUCUAAGACCGAGUGGGAUUCUCGAUCUGACUACGUUGCUAGUGACUGACCGUCCGAGUGAGGCUUUGGGCGAUUACCUCGGUAGUGGGCCGCAGAUGAGCGAGAGAGGUAUGCAGAAGUGGGAUUCCGCUGUCACAGAAGCCCUCGUCAAGUUACGUGAUUAUUCUGAAAAACGUCUGGUUCCUGCUUGCCAACGGUUACAUCUGGUGCUUGGGGAAGUCCGAGGGUGGGCGUCUCUGCCGACAUUAUACUCGUCAUUUGAGAUCCCGAGCGAAGCCGUGGACCAAUGUUUAAUCAUGCUCAAGCAAGCUAUUCUACUAAGCAGCUGGCUUGCUGCAGCUGCCCGACGUGAACAUAACCGUUUCAGAGAAUUCAUGACCUGGCUUCGAUACGAAACGGUCCUUCUCGGUCCUUCGAGUGAGACUCCUACUCCUACUCCGCUCCGCCAUGAUAUAUUGGAAGUCAACCAAUAUCUUAUGUCGGGCCUUAAAAAAAGUGUGAUUGACCAAUGGUUCAUGGGUCCUGUGCCUACAUUUGUACCCCAAGACCUAGGGAUUCCGGGGUACGAUCUCACUGUGAGGGCUGCUCUUCAGAAGGCUCGUGAGUAUCUAGACCAUCGAGACCCCUCUGAAACACCAAUUACCGUCCCACCAGACGGAUUUAAUGACAAGCCCUUUGAAUCUAUUGACCGAAAUCUCUCUGCGCUCAUCGGUGCCUUCGCCAGCUCUUGCAGGGAAGUCUUUGAUCGCCCUUCGGCGGCAGCUACACGGGCUGCUACCAUUUCCGCAAGUUCUGGAUCCGUAAUUGACCAGACUACAGCAGCCUCGCAGCGAGAUAAUCAAACUGACCUCCUCAUUCGGGACAGAAUCACGGUAGAUACUUUGCGCGAGGACGGUUACUACGUUCAAUAUUUAGUGAUGCACGCACCCUCUGCCUCAACUUCGGAACAUCGGUCCUUUGUGAAUUUUGUACGCCAGCGGUACGGACAUAACAGUUCUCAUGUCGAGGUUGCGGUGCACGAAUGUUGUCUCCGUCGAGGCGAAGAAGAGGAUGUUGUCGGCGUGGACCUGCUUGCGCUGGAAUUCUUCGACGAUGAGACUAUCGUAAUUGUUUAUCGGACCGAUGAAGGAGAAGCAUACAUUGGCACUUUAUCGUAUCGUGAAUUAGAGUACACAGAUUUUCAGCCAGAGGGGUACGUAAGGUUGUCCCGUGAAAGCCUGAUCGAGAGCGCAUCGCAAGGUUUGAUUGCGGGGCAGUUGAAAUCAGGAUAUCUUCCGAUUAGGCAGAGCCGGGGAUUAAAAGGGUGCAGGUCGGGAGCAGUGUCAUUGGCAGUGAAUGGACGAGUAGGACGAAGAGUGGCAUGCGUACUGGACAGCAAGGGUACUACGCUGGAGACGUUCGAUCUGGAGGGCGAUGAGGGAGAAGAAGGCGAUACCACAUUAGACGAGGAGAGAUGAGAAGACAUCACCGCGAGGCUAAACAGUUAUCUGAGUCGAACUGAUUUGAAUCGGGAGACCCUCUAGAAAGGAAAUCGUCCGGCAGGUCAAUUGAGUAGUGAUAAUGAUUGUCACAUCUUAUUUUCCCAUGCCCUCCUACUGUUCAUUGGAUUAUUUCCCAGAUCACGUCGUCUCUCAGAUUAAA